AUGACGCCAACCAAGAUAUCAGAAAUCUCGCGCGAUGACCUCAACGACCAUAGUUUACCGGCUUCAAUUACCGAUGUGAAGCACCUGGCUUCCUACAGCUGGAUUGAGACAGCCACGCCUACCAUUGCCGUCCCAGGGAGCCCGCCUCUUUGGACUCCCCAGAAUGCCCCCCAGCGCCUGCAAAAGGAUUCGGGGCUUAUCUAUAUCGCUCAAAAUGCAGCUCGCCACCCGGAGAGUCCGCUCGAGCCUCUGUUUCGCGCACUCUAUAUCGCCCAUCCCUCAUUCAACCUAUCCUCAAUCGAUGUCGUGACGGACCGAAACAAUAUCCGUAAGCUGCUCUCAUUUAUCAAUCCGCUUUAUUCCAGAAACCAUCUUGAACCGUUUGCUAUCAAGAUCGAGAUCGUAAAAGAUACGGCAAUAUUCUGCCGCGUGGAAACCGCAGUCCAGGAAGUGAUCGGACCGCACGAAUUUAAGGGCUAUGGCCACGAGUUUGAAAAGAAAUAUACUACGAACCAAGUUAGCAAUAGCACUGGCCAUCACAGAAUCAUCUCAUACCGUUUCGGCGAUAUGUCCUUCAUCAUUCGCCAUGAAACCGACGGGUAUGUUGACACUGCCUCAACGGAACCCUCCAACGCUUUUCAAACCGAAGACAAGGGGCUCUCAGGCAUGCUGGCGGCGAUGUCUCUAUCACCGCCCACUCGUACUGCGACAGGACUGACAAUCAAACGCGAAGGCCAGAUCGUGUCGAUUGAGUCUACCCUUGAGAUAAAAACCCGAGUCUUUCAUAAAACCAUUGAGAUGAGAGAGGUCGCACCACAGCUCUGGAUAUCGCAAACCCCUAAACUGGUGCGAGCUUACCACCAAGGUGGUAGGUUCCAGAGGCCGAGUGUCGAAAAUGUCGCGGUUCAAGUCAAAAAAUGGGAGGAGUGUAAUCAAACGGAGCUGGCGAAAUUGGCCACCCUCAUUCACAAAAUGCUCAGGGAGAUUAAAAAUUGUGGCGGGCACGCUGUUGUGAGAUAUGAUGCCCAGGCAGACAAGCUCAUAAUUUGGAAAGAAAAGGCAGCAAAGAUACUACCCGAUGACUUAUAUUCCAAAUGGCACGACAGAAUCAACCCAGAGCCACCAACUGGAGAGCGAGAGAGUAUCGAUAGUGCAGCUAAAAAAGCGCCUCUGAUGACUGCAAUACAGGUCGGCGACGUUCGAUUCAACGUUGAACUAUCAAGGAUACCCUAUCUGGCAUCGUUUGUCAAAUUCCGGGCGACAACUCAGCCGGGUAUAACGGAGUUUGUCCAUGGGCCUAUCCCUCUCUUUUCAGAAGCACUCAAGGGGAUCGAAGGGGGUUAUCGACAAUGUUUCCGGUGCCUUCCACCCGACCUUUCCCAGCAUCGCACCCUGUGUGAAACGUACGACUUUCUCGGUGUUGAUAUCCUGAAUGGGCAGACGAUCCGUGAGAUCUUCAAUGAGCUGAGAUCCUGCAAAGCUGAUUACGAGCGCGAAUACGGGCGUUGUCGAGUAAUCGAGGGAAACAAGUCAACGGCGCGCGAUGCGGCGUUUAAGCUCUUGUAUUUGAUGCUGCUGGGCGCAUUUGACGGUGAGAUCAAAAAUAGAGCCACAAUCUUUGACGCAGUUCUCUUUCUUGUGUCCCACCCGGGGACAUUUAAGUGGAAGACACGAUCGAUCAUCCGGGCGGCGUAUGAGAAGCGUUUUGUGCCAUCUGCAAAGCAAAAGGCCGGCUUAGACAAAUGGGAAAAGGGGGAGGAGGAUGGGGAUGUGACAACAGACGAAGAAAAUGCGAUAGGCUUUGAUUCUGACAGUUCGGCCCGCAAGCCAAACCUCGCGGCCCAAGCUCAAGACAUCGACAUCAUCGAGUGCGGCAUGGAACCCAUCUUCCAGGAGCAGUCCCUGUCUCCAGGCAGGCGCAUUUCACCGAACCCCACACACAACACGAGCGGCAGGCAGCUCUCAAAGCACCUCGUCCAUCAGAACAUUGCACCUGCGCUCCAGCACUUGAAGCUUCGGCUGCAAUCCAGUACCCAGCAUUUGAAACCUCUCCAGAAAGAGGCCAUGGCCAUGCCUGAGCCACUUUCAUCGCCAAACCCGAUCCCUCCUCGCACAAGCUCGACUGGUGUCACGAACGGAGCUACCUAUCCACCUUCCACGCGAACCACGGUUCUCAAGCCCGUCUCCGAAGAAGAAUGGAUCGCAUCCUCCAGAAAGCCGCAUGACUCCCCGACCUACAAUAGCCAUCCUCAUAUUUUGUCACCCAAAUAUCCCAGCGUGGGCGACUCGAGCGAGUCGAAGCUCUGCACCAAGAUCGUAAUAAGUAAUACUGACGGCAUGUGGUGUUCCGAGAAAGAGAAGAUCCUAGUGGGUCCCUACGAAUAUAUGGUGCAGCAGCCUGGGAAGGAUAUACGCAAGCAGCUCAUUGCGGCUUUUAACCGCUGGCUGCAUGUUCCCGAGGAGAGUCUGGCAGUCAUUACCAAGGUGGUUCUAAUGCUGCAUACCGCAUCGUUGCUGUGA